AUUACGUGUUCUACGGCGUCCUCUGAUUUUAUUCACGGAAAGCGAUCGCCAUAUUGCUUCCGUGAAUUCAUUGAAAUAUUUCUGCAUUUCUCCUUUAUUAUGACUGCAAUAUCAAAAUGAAGUGAAAUUAAAGGAAACACAUUCAAUCAGUGAUUGUGGGGAUACAGUUUUAUGCAUCCCGGACUCUGACAUAAGACGAAAAAGCGCGGAACGGGCAGGAUGUCGUUCGAAAAGUUGGAAGUGGUGAACCCGGCGGAGAAAGAGGCCAGCGAGGUGCUGCAUUCGUUGCUGUCGGUGGAGAGACGCAGUGUGGACAGCAAGGAAGCGAUCAUCGUUUCUAUUCCGGCGGAUCAGAAUGGCGGCGGGGAGUAUGGGGAGAGCGCUCAGUGGCACACCCCUGUCAUGGGCCAACACUCUGUUUUUGAAAUGGGAGCCCCAUCCAACAUGCAACAGCAUAAUUAUAAUGGUCACCAGGAACCGGUGCUAUGGCAAGGGCAUACAAUACAAGUAGAGAAUGGGGAUGCAAACAUGCAAGGAAUGUCUGCUUCUUACACCAUCCAAUUUGACACUCAUGUCAAUGAACCAACAGACAUGGAAGUUGACACCAAGCCCAAAGUUGAGAAAAAAAUGGCCAUGAAAAAAAAGAAAAAGGCAGACUCCGAUAGUGACGAGGAGGUUCUGGACAAUAAAUUGGAGGAUAAUCCGACUCAGGUCAGAGAAAGGCUCAAAAGAGGAUGUGAUUGCAAAGAUAACUGCUAUCGUGGACUCAAUCCAGAGGCAGUAUAUCGGCAUCGUCUGAACAUCGCUGAACUGACCAAGAGUGAACAUGACAUGUACCUCAUGGGGAUCACCAUGGCCAGCUUGGCAAACCCCGCAGAGACCUCACGACACAAAGUACGGAGGAGAUUACGGGCAUGCUAUGUGUAUCAAGGGAGAAAGGUUUGUCUCGAAGCUUUCUUGUAUCUAGAAAAUGUCACUCAUUACCAAUUAAAGCGUAUACGACAACACGUUAUGACGCAUGGCGUCGCGCCUCGGAUACAUGGAAAUGUUGGCAAAAAACCAUAUAACACCUUCACAUUGGACAUCUAUAAACACGCAACCAACUUCUUGAAAGAAUAUUUGAAACAACAUGCCAGUUCACCAAAGGAUGUUCAACCAUCUGGUGAUGGUAAAAAAGCUAGCAAAACGGUCAUCAUCCAAGGAGAUUCCCGCAAGCAUUUGUUCGAGGCAUAUAAAGAAUACGGGGAGAUUCUCGAACCGGGCGUGAAAUUGAUGGGCUACUCGACGUUCCGAGCGUUCAUGAAGGAUCAGUUCCCGCACGUGAAAUUCGCUACUAAGAAGCAAGAUUUACCUAAAGAGUUGGUUCCGUUCCGCAGCGGUAAAUGCAUGACGUACGAUAAAAAUAAAGAUCCUAUCAGAAUACAGCAAGAGAAGGAGAAAGCCGAGGCCAAGAAAGCGGCUAUGGAGGCGAAGAAGAAGGAAGAGCACGACAGGGAGCAACAACAACAACAACAGGUGCAGCAGCAGCAACAACAGCAGCAACAACAACAACAACAACAACAGCAGCAGCAGCAGCAACAACAACAACAGCAGCAGCAGCAACAACAAGUGCAGCAAGUGCAGGUGCAGCAGCACCAGCAGAUGCAGACGCAGCCGCACGUGGUGAUCCACCAGCAGCAGCCGCAGCAGAUGCAGCAGCAGCAGAUGCUGGUGCCGCAGGUGAGCCAGCACCAGCAAGUGCUGUCGCAGCAGGUGGGCGCGCAGCACUGCGUGCAGCCGCUGGGCGUGGCGGAGGAGGGCGGGCAGCCGGUGGAGAUGGCGCAGCAGGUGAUCCCGCUGGCGGUGGUGCAGCAGCCGCAGCAGGCCUACAUCGUGACGCCGGUGUCGCACUUCCAGACGCGCGUGCAGGGCGCCUGGUACAGGCAUUGACGCCGGCGUGCGACCGCGGGUUGAUCCUCCACGCAUGAAACUUUGGCAAUAAGUUAGCGAGAAUAGUUAAGUGACACCCUUUCAGUAUUGGUCGAAGAAACCGAUUACGAUUAUUUAUAAGUAAGAAGUUAAUCGUAUUUACGCGACUUAUUAGCGCUAGCUUUGUAGAUUAUUUUGUAUUCCAGAUGUGUUUUAAUAGAUUUCAACGGCGAUGGCCGUCUUUGGUAAUUUAGCAUUGUGAGUCAGUUUGUUUAUCUAUGAGCGUGCAUAUAUUUUAAUAGUAUAUUACCCAUUCCUGUGUUAGUUUUUAUCAAAAACUCGUACUGGGUUGACAUCCAUGUCUCUCAUCUCAAAUGUAAUUUUUUUUAAACUAUUUUGUACAGUAGAAACCAAACGCCAUUUGCGACUAUUCAAAUCACUGACCUGCAUUGAAGGCAGAUACAAUUGUCCAUGGAACUAAAAUUAGUGACGUCUUUGUGUGGCGAGUUUAACACAAUACACAUUUCCUCAAUUAUUUAACUCAAAUUUCACAAAUAAAUAAGAAAUUUAAAUAACACGAAGGAAAAUUAAUAUUUUAAAAAAUCUUUGUCGAUGUUACAAUCUCUUCCGGUAAACAUUUGCGAUGAACGUCAAAAUUAGUUCUCGGGACAAUCGCGGUGAUCAUAGUGGCGCUUCAACUUGACACAAAAUAAGCCGUCAUUUGUAUGGAACAGCCUGUCCACAGGUCAGUGAUUAAAGUACUAAACUAUAGCUAUAAGUUUUACCACAUGCUGACUUCGAACUGACACAUUUUAAUGUUUGAUCUGUCAGGCUGUUUGCCGUAUUAUAAUUGGAUUAGUUAUUAUUAUAAAUAAAAUUUUAAAGCAUCUGCCAUCACAAUAGGUUUUUACAACUAAUAAAACAUUAUUACUUUUAAACAUAGUGUUAUUAAUAAUUGUAAAUCAUGAAUACAAUAUUCUUAAAAUCAUAAUAUUAAUGUAGAUCGUAAAGAGUCAGCACGUUUGUUCAGACAAAAGCAGUGCCUUCAAGUUUGAUGUUUUAUAAAAAAUCAGAUACUCUCUUUAAUCUUAACUCACCGAAAUCGUGAAAUUGAAGUUAAGAAAGAGUUUGGUAUAAUAUGUAUUUGGUGAAGGCGAACGCAACUGUGAGAACUGCAUAAAUUUUCCCGUUUUUACCUGAAUUGCUAUCCAUUAGAAUUAAAUCUAUUUUGUAUUAAAUAUACAUAUCAAUUUAUAUUUAAUCAAUCAAUAUUUAAAGACUUUGUUUCUUUUAUUUUAAUAUCUGAAAUAUGAAUAUUGAAUUAAUGAAUAAUAGGGGCGUGAAAUUUUGUCUAUGUUGCUUUUAAAGUAUUGAUUAGAAUGCCUGCUGCUUGAAUUCUAUUGCCUGGGGCUUCCAUCAUCAAAUUUUAUGCAAUGCAAAAAAUGUAGUACUUUUCGCAUUAUUGUUUCUGUCUAUUACUGUUGGACGGUUGUACACACAACCACAACUUAUCUGGAAAGGCAGGCAGAUACUUCAUCUUUCCAUUUGCCGUUCUAUUCUAUUCUAAAGUUUUAUUCUUAACACAAAUUAUAAAUGUUAUGUUGUAUUGUUUUAAAACUUAACGAAGCACGUUUACUGGUGAACAGAAAAAUAAUUCAAUAGUUUAUUUAUUUCCUAAUGAUAGUAUUUUUCAUCUUAUUAUUCUGUAAAGUAUUAUCUAUGGAAAUUUAAAGUAUCUCUUGUACGCUCAAAAAAAUAGUGUUGGGAAUCAAAUAAAUGAAAGCCUGCUCUUACCAGGCAAGCAGGGAUUCUUCUGUAUCACUUUCAUCGACUCAGCAAUCGAAAUGAGAGUAAACUAUGGACUUAUUCAACCAAUCAGAUCGCACUAUUGCUUACUUUUUAUUUUACGCGUGAGUUUUUAAAGUUUAUCAAUUUAAGGAAAAUGUACGUAAAAUAAUACAAUUCAUCUCUGGUUAGUAGGAACUGCGGUUCUUGUUAUUUUCCGAUGAUAUAUUAUAUACUAUAUAUGUAGGUCCAUGUACAAUGUAUUCAUUUAUUAUACUUUUUAUACUUAUUUUUUGUAAUUUUAAGGUUGCUGUUUUUGAUAUUGACUGUCAAAGCUGUCUAUUCGGCAGAGACCACGAAAUUGCAAGUAAGCAACCGGUUGUGUUGCCUUUACAAUUAUAUUCUACAGCAUUAAUUUCUAAAUUUUAAAAUGAUCAAAUAGUUCACGUCGCCGACUGCACCAAGUGAUAAGUAUUUGACGUAUCGCAGUUGCAUUAUUUUACUCGUAGCCACCGUUAGAACUAGGUUUAAACUAUACGUGAAUUAAUUUCUUAUUUCGCGAGAUUGAAUUCCGUGUAUUUGAGUGUAUUGUUGGAGUUGCAGACUACAAGAGAGGUGAAAUUGAAAAUCUCAUAUAGUGAUAGUGUAAUUUAUAUAAUAGAACUUUGUAAUCAUAAUCAUAAAUAUAGACAGUACAGAAAUGUGCCUAGAAAUUAUGCUUAACCAUGUAUUUUUAUAGUGCAAUAACUUGUGAGAUUCGAAGUGACCGAUUGAAAAAGCUAUCCAUGUGGUUUGUUUUUAUAUUAAAAUAAUGACCGACAUAUUCGCCUUACCCCGAUCUUAGAAAGUAUUGAAGAUUUUAUUGCUAUAUUAUUUCAUUGUACUAAGUUUUAUAUUUGCAAAAUAAUGCAUCUUUGCUAAUUUGUAUUACACAAUUAUUUUAGAUGAAGUUUAGUAACACAAGGUCUUGCAAGUUUAUGUGGUAAUUGUAACUUUGAAAUCUUAAAUAUUCUGUGUUAGCUGAUUUAGAAAAUACGUUUUUCGUUUUUUAAAACUAAAUUAUAAUAAUUAAAAAAAAACAAUAACUAAACAAAAUAAGCGCCAGUGUGACACUUAACUUCCUCUUAAAUAUCUAACAUACUAUGUAUAUUUUAUGUACAUUUAAUGAGCAAAAUACCUGAUUUGGCAGCUUCGAAUCGUAGUGAUUUGCCCUUAGCAUUAUCUUUGGCAUAUGUUCCAAAAAUACUGUAGGAAGACAGUCAUGAUGUGAUAGCAAAUAAACUUUUUUACGCUA